UUUUUUUCUUCUAAUUUAGGCGGCUUGCCCGGGUUCCGUAUUCAGUUGAGUGCAUCCUAGCACUUGCAGACUAUAAGAAGUUGGGCCGAGUUGGUAACUGAAAUUGAAAUCUAUCGUCACUCCCCUCCAUGGAUUUGUUACAUGCAAGUCUAAUCUGGGUGGGCUGUGAUUUACUUGUUUACACGGUACUUGGUCAAGCAGGAUGGUUGACGCUCCUGUUUCAGGCAGGCAGAUCAUUCUCAAGUACGACACGUUGGCAGUCAAGUUGUCAGCCCCGAGCAUCACCGGUACUCCAUGAAGUUCAAUGUUGUCAUGUGGCACGUGGAGCUCAAAAAUGCAUAUUGGAGACCCCGCCCUCGGAACAUCUGCCGGUAAACGAGGCAGGUAGGCAGUAGUUCACGAUCCUUUUUCACUUUCCUCCAUUUCCAACACGGUGUAAUAAAAGUGCUGUGUUGAUGACGGACGGACUAU